AAAAAAACAUGGCGAAAUCAUCAGUAAGCAUGAAACUCCUGAUUGACAGCAAAGCCGGAAGGGUACUAUUCGCGGAGGCAAGCAAAGAUUGUGUGGAUUUCCUGUUCUACAUUCUCUCUUUGCCUGUGUCCAAGCUCAUAAGUCUUGUCGGAAAGCAACAAAUGGUGGGAUCUCUGGGAAACCUGUACGAGAGCAUAGAAAAUCUGAACGAGUCAUACAUACAGCCAAACAAGAACAAGGACACCUUUCUGAAACCAGUUAUCCCUCCAACUUCUGGCUCCUCCGUUCCUCUGCUUGCUCUCGAAGAUUCGCCUUCUGUUAGGGCUUUGUACAGGUGCACACAAUCUUGUAACAACUACUGUUACGUGUCUGAUGACCCGACUGCUCUCUGUCCGAGCUGCCGCCGCCUUAUGAGUAUGGCUAUGCACUACGUUGCUCCGCCCGCAAAGAAUGAAUCUUGCGAAGAAGGUGGGUUUGUUAAAGGGGUGGUUACUUACAUGGUGAUGGAUGAUUUGGUGGUCAAGCCAAUGUCUACUAUCUCCAGCCUCACACUUCUUAGCAAGUUUAAUGUUAAGGAAGUUGGUGCUUUAUUUGGAUUAGUACUUUUGUUAGUUUAUUAA